CUCAAGGCAGACCCAGAGCGCGCGCGCUCCAUCGCUUCUCUUCUCCCAGAACCAAAUGCUGCUGCUCAAGCUGCCCCAGUCUCCCCACUCCCUUGCCAAUCCGGAGUGAGCAAUGCAAUCCAGCCCCCGUGGCUCUGGGAAUGAGGCUGCUUCCAUGAGCCCCAUGUGAUGCUGCUCCGAUAGUCCAGCUGCUGCAGCUCUUCCUCCUUCCCUCCUUCCCUCCUUCCCUCCCUCCAUUCCUUCCUCCCGUCCUUCCAACCAUCUCGGGCUGUCAUGGCGACUCCCAACAAUGUGACUCCCACCAACUGCAGCUGGUGGCCCAUUUCGGCCCUGGAGAACGAGGCGGGCCAGUCCACCGAGGGCGAGGAGAACCACGAUCCGACCCACCCGGCUUUCCGAUCCAAGGACAGGCUGGUUUUGUAUCAUUGGACCCAGUCCUUCAGCUCACAGAAGGUGCGUCUGGUCAUUGCAGAAAAGGGCUUACCGUGUGAAGAACGGGAUGUUAGCAUGCCACUCACGGAGCACAAAGAACCCUGGUUUAUGCGGCUGAAUCUUGGGGAAGAGGUACCUGUGAUCAUCCAUGGAGACAACAUCAUCAGUGACUACAAUCAAAUCAUUGAUUACAUGGAGAAGAACUUCAUAGGAGACCACGUUACUCAGCUGAUUCCUGAAGCGGGAACCCUUCUCCAUUCCAGAGUGAUGCAGUACAGAGAGCUCCUGGAUUCCUUGCCCAUGGAUGCCUACACACAUGGAUGCAUUCUCCAUCCAGAACUCACCACGGACUCCAUGAUUCCAAAGUAUGCUACAGCUGAGAUCCGCAGACAUUUAGUCAAUGCGAGCUCAGAUCUCAUGAAGCUAGACCAUGAUGAUGAACCACAACUAACAGAGCCAUACCUUUCCAAACAGAAGAAGCUCAUGGCCAAGAUCCUGGAGCAUGAUAAUGUGAACUACUUGAAGAAGAUCCUGGGUGAACUGUCAAUGGCACUUGAUCAGAUUGAGGCGGAACUGGAGAAGAGAAAAAUUGAGUAUCAAGGGCAGAAGUGUGAGCUCUGGCUUUGUGGAUGCGCAUUCACCUUGGCUGAUGUCUUGCUGGGAGCCACAUUGCACCGCCUCAAGUUUCUAGGACUCUCUAAGAAAUACUGGGAAGAUGGCAGCAGACCCAACCUACAGAACUUCUUUGAAAGGAUACAAAAACGCUUUGCUUUCAGGAAAGUUUUGGGAGACAUACACACCACCCUCCUCUCGGCAGUGGUACCCAAUGCCUUCAGGCUAGUCAAACGGAAACCUCCAUCCUUUUUUGGAGCCUCCUUCCUCAUGGGAUCUCUAGGCGGGAUGGGGUAUUUUGCUUAUUGGUAUCUAAAGAAAAAAUACAUCUAAUGCUGGCUGUACUGAUGUUUAGUUUGGUGUCUCUGUGCUGUGUGAAACCAUGAUGAAUCUUCAGUAACUGUAAUGAAAUUUGAAACCAAUAUGAAUAACUAUACUGUUAAUGUAACAUUCCAUAGUCUAGAAGUAGAAAACUUAUACCGCAAGGAAGCGAGUCAACAACAAAAAUUAUUCAACUUGUACAAUGCCUUUUUUUAGAUUUACAUAUUAUAAAACUGUCAACAGUGGGUGUGUUUACUGCUGUGCACAAACCACUGUAGAAUAAAACUGCCCUUUAGCACAAGCAAAUGCCAUCGGAAAAGAUAUGGAAACCCCCGCAACACAAAAUUGAAACAUGGGGUUCUCUUCUAUAUCUUUACAUUAUUUCCCCCCAAAAUGUCUGUUGACCACAUAGCACAUUUUGUUUCACAAGUGCAAGUAGCAGGGACUUUAUUCUCAUCUAGGAGCUAUUGUGGUGUUGUGAUGAUGAGAGAAAGUCUUUAAAAGUAAGCAAACAGAAAUAGAAAGGACAUGAUCACAUAACUUUGUGAAGUUAUAGCUUAAGGUGGAAAUGAGUUAUUUGUGAAUGUGUCUCUCUCUUUGUAUCAUCAUUUCCAUUGGAUCCAGUAUUUUUAUUAACCUACGCUUAGAAUGUAUCCACUUUCUACUUCAAUUUUUUUAAUUUUUUAAUUGCUAUCUUAACAGCUAAUGACCAGUGGGUUUUUUUUCUGAUUGUAAUCCUUAAGUUCACAGAUGAAUUUCUGUCUUAAUGAGGAGUUUGCCUCUAGCUUCGUUCAUGAAUUUGCCAAGCAUCAUUCACCAACAGAGCCUUUCUGGACUCUAAGAAUGUGACUGUUCCCAUGCGUUUGAACCAAAUCGAAAGGACUUUUGUUUUGUUUUUUUCUGUUUUCUCCUUGGGGAGUUUUUCCCCCCAAUCAUUUUCUUCCUGUGUAUUUUUUCUUAGGAACACUUUGCACAGAAAAAUCACAUUUCUCACUUUCUUGUGCCUUUUGCAUGUUGGAAAGAAUAACAAGCACCACUGCUACUCAUGCUUAAAAAAACACCUCCAAGAAGCUAAAUAAACCAUAUGGGAGGAGAAAUGGCUUUAUAUUUUGAAA